AUUAUUGGUCGCUUGUUUCUACCAGCGGCUUCGACGUGGAACUCACACACUAACACAAACAAACACGAAAUUGUUUGGGCCGAAUUUGCUGAUCUGUCUUUCUUUUCUAUCAAUCUGAAUAGUAAUCUACAAAUCAACGGAUACUUAGUAUUUUGAAGCAAAAACAUUUUACAUCGAUUAACCUGGAAAGAUGGCAGAAACUACCGGAUUGAUAAUUGAUGUCGAUGAGGAUGAUGAUCAGACAGAUUUAAAUUUCCAAGAUUUUGGAGAUGCUUCUCUUCUUCAGGAUCUGAAUGACACUCCAACCAAGCCUGCUCAAGUACAUACUUUCCAUGAUGAUGACAUGGAUGAUGAGGGUGAUACAGAGCUGUUGUCUGGUCAGAAGAAGCAGCCUUCACUGUGGACAUUUGAGUAUUACCAGCAGUUCUUUGAUGUGGAUACAUCACAGGUGGGUCGUCGUCUCCUGGGCUCCUUCAUACCACAUCCUACUAAGAGCUUCCUGGAUUCCCACAUCAGACCGUCCCCUGAUCUCUAUGGUCCCCUAUGGGUAUGCAUUACUCUUGUCUUCACCAUAGCUAUCAGUGGGGAUAUGGCUGAUUACAUCGCUAACAUGCAUUCAUCCUCCUACGUAUGGCAUGCACACUUCUCAAAUGUUACAAUAGCAGCAGUAGUCAUCUUUGCCUAUGCUUGGAUCAUUCCAUCAUGUCUGUAUGGAUUCUUACAUCACAGAGGAAACUUAGGGGGAUAUACCUUCUUAGAACUAGUCUGUCUCUACGGUUACUCCCUCACCAUUUAUAUUCCUAUCUCGAUGCUGUGGAUGAUCGAUGUAAACUGGCUGCGUUGGGUCUUGGUCCUGAUUGGUCUGGUCCUGUCUAGUGCAGUCCUUCUCCUGGCCCUUUGGCCAUCUGUCAAGAACGAUGAGAAGAAGUUUGCUGCUGUUGCUCUGUUUCUUGUCUUUGCCUUUCAUGCUGGGCUUGCUAUAGGUUUUAAGAUGUAUUUCUUCCAUGUCGGACACAUUGUCGAUCCUACAAUUGCCCCUGUCACAACAAAACCAUCCAUCCACAGCUUAACAGCAGAGCACAUCAAAACAGCUUCUCUAACAGCAGGACAUGUAAGGCCAGCCACAUCUGGGCACACCACCUUUCACUGACUGUGCAAUCACCUCAGAUCAACAAAAAGAAGCAUAUCAACAAUUAUUUAUGACAUAUUUUGAUAUUCCCUUACAUGGGAAUUGUAGCUUCUUUGAUUACAGCAUGUGAAUGAUCUUUUACCCAUUGGAAACAGUUCCAUUUCAAUAUAACAUGCAUUUUCAGAGAUGGAACGUCAUUCUUGGAUUCAGUGUUCAGCAGCAAGCCAGAUAUAGCCCAGAUUGACAUGUAUUUUGAUUUGAGUACACCAUCAUGGUAUCCAGGGUAGAGAUUUAUGUCCUGUGUUUUGGUACAGAGGUACCCGUUGUUCUAAAGGAGGGGUCUGCAAAGGGGAGAUGGAGGAGCAUAAAAGCUCCUCAACAUUUGUUGUAGUUUACUUAACCCACUACACUGGAUAUAAUAAUUCCUGACUAUAAAAAGAUUUAGCCCCACCAGUAAAAUUGUUUGUAAAAACGGCCUACCUAUGCUCAUGUUAUGAGUUAAUAAUAGCAAGAUUUUAUGUUUCAAUUUAAUUAAAUUAAUUACUCACAAUUUAUACACAAACUGAGCUAAUUCUUUUUGUUUCCAAUAAUGAUAGCGGGAAGUAGACUCCAUUCCCUAUUUGCACUUUGUGUUAAAGCCCAUCUGCACUAGCUUGGCAUGGAGGGAUUAGACCUCCCUGCGAGGUCACUGACAGGUGGUUAUCUCAUCAAAUCAGUUCUCAAUUACAAACGUAAGAAAAGGGGCAACAUGUACCGCUUAAGCAUUGUUGGCUGUAUAGAGGGCGCAAGUAGCUACAAGUAGAGCAGAGGGACUUUAACAAGCUGGGUUUCAUGGGUUCAGGUCUGUAUUUUGUCUGUAUAAAACAUUCCAAAAAGAUUCAUAUUAAAGUUAUAUUUAUGAUCAAUCUUUGUUCCAUACCUUCCUUUAUGUCAUUAAAUUUGGCAAACAGGAUCAGUUCAAUAUAAUUUAUGAGUGGCUUUAUUAAUUCAUAAACUAUGAGUUCGCUAUACUUUUUAAUUUGUUCUCUCCAACUGAAGAGAGAGAUUAGAUAUCUUGCACUUUGAUCAUUUUACUGGAAAAGGGAAUUUCAUGAUGCAUCAAUCAUGCAAAAGUUAAUCAUGAAUAAAUUGCCUCCACCCAUUUUGCAUGGCAAAAAAAAGGACAUCAUCAAAGAAUUUCAGUUAUAUGCUGCAAUUAACAAUUCUUACACAACAAAUCACUCAUUGUUUAGAGGUCAAGGAGGUAUAAACUAAACAAAUAUUUAGAUAUAUCAUAAUUUGUGGAAAAUGAAAAGGGUUUUAAUUAGCAUAUUUGAUUUCAUGUUUUUAUUCUUUAAUCAGUUAUCAUCCUAAUUCAGUAGAAGAAAUUAAAGUCAUACCUUGAUCAACAUAGCUUAUCUUAUUGUUUAGUGAAUGUUAAUACCAGUAUUUUUUUAAUUGGUGCAGAAUUUAUGUAAGGUUUAGCAUACAUGUACAUGUUGUAUUCACGUCUUGUAUUUUUCUAUGUGCAAUAUACAUGUAGAUAUCUUGUGAAGAUUAAUGUACCACACAAACCCCAUAUCAUGCUUGGCUCACCCUGUGUGGGUUCCCAUGCUAUUAGUUAUUGCCUCAUAAUUGAUAAGCAUGUCUCAUACUUGGUAUUUCAAUGCAGAUGUUCACAGUCACGAAAACAGAGGUAUGAACUAUUGAGCAAGAACUUCAACAAUCAUUGUCAGUGAGUGUUAAAACAACAUUCUAUUUGCCUCCAAAAAACUUGUGUACCUGUGAGACUUUUGAUGUCUGAUUGAACCAUCCACAUGAGAUGGUUAAUCACUUUUCAGCGUUAUUCAAAGUAGGGCUGCGACGUGUAGUCGAAUGCUCAAGUACCUGCACGGUUGACAACUACUCUGGUACAAUUUCUCAUACCCAAAUAUUCGGCCACAAAUUUUUUUUUUAAAAUCUACCAAAAAAAAAAAAAAUCAACAAAAUUAUUAAAAAACAUGGCGUCCGAAUAUUUGAGUAUUCGCUUGUAAGCCUGGGAGUGUACUUGGGUACCUCAUUACACUGUUGUGCACAGCCUUAAUUCAAAUGUUUAUGAAGUGUGCAGUCUUGUCAACUUAGGAACAGAAUUUGGACAUCAUCUGCAAAAGGACAGAAGGACGUCAACUAAUAUCGUUAGAAUGAAUGCCUUUCUGACGUAGUCUCUGUCUUGAUUACUUGAGAUAUGUCUUUUUUCAUUUGUUCAUUUAUCAGUAAAGCAGUAACAAUUGUGUUAUUUCAAAUUGUGAAUGUAAUAGUAAUGUUGAAUGAACUAAAAUAAUGUUUUGAAAAUGUGUCCUCUUCCAAUAUUUAGUAUUAUAUUUGUAAUUACUCAUUUUGCUUUUAGACCUUGCUGUACCACAGGACUAAACAAUGACAAAAUAUCUUUUGUGGGAUUUAGAAUGAUCAUCUGUGUUUUUUCUGGAAUUGUGAUGUGUGUUUAUAACCCUGUCUCUCUCUAUCUCUCUCUCCUCCUCUUCUGCCUCUAAAAAUAUCUUUCUAGGUUUGUCUCUAUCAUACUACACACAUCUAAUUCCAUCUCUUGAUGUUUACAGUACAAAUAAAUAGAAACAUAAAUUA